CCACACUCUUGGAGAUCAACUCAUCGUCACCAAAAAAUAGAAAAACAGUUCCAUGGCUGUAACAUCAUGGGAAACCAGUGUUACAGACUCAAUCAACACAAUAUACCUACUCUUCUCAGCUUACCUUGUCUUUGUAAUGCAACUCGGAUUUGCCAUGUUAUGUGCAGGUUCAGUCAGAGCUAAAAACACCAUGAACAUAAUGCUCACAAACGUCGUGGACGCCGUUGUUGGUUCCCUUUCUUAUUUUCUCUUCGGAUUUGCUUUUGCUUACGGUGCCGGCGGAACUGAUGCGAACCCUUUCAUCGGUUCUCGGUUCUUCGCUCUUAAAGAUAUUCCGAAUGAGAAUUAUGAUUAUAGUUUCUUUUUGUACCAGUGGGCUUUUGCCAUUGCUGUUGCAGGUAUUACUAGUGGUUCCAUCGCGGAACGGACUCAGUUCAGUGCUUAUCUCGUUUUCUCGUUUUUCCUCACUGGAUUUGUUUACCCGAUUGUUGUUCACUGGGUUUGGUCAUCUAGCGGCUGGCUCAGUCCUAAUUCGUCUGAAUUAUUGUUUAAUUCUGGUGCAAUUGAUUUUGCCGGUAGCGGAGUUGUGCAUUUAGUAGGUGGAAUCGCCGGUUUAUGGGGAGCUUUAAUCGAAGGACCCCGAGUCGGGCGAUUCGACGUGUUUGGAAAGCCUGUGGCGAUUCGCGGUCAUAACGCCACUCUAGUUAUUCUAGGCACAUUCUUGUUAUGGUUUGGUUGGUUCGGGUUCAAUCCCGGAUCGUUCAAUAAAAUUCUUAUAUCGUACCCGAAUACAUAUGAUCAAGGCAAUUGGACCAGUAUCGGCCGGACGGCGGUAACCACCACGUUAGCGGGAUCAACAGCCGGAAUCGUCACAUUGUUCAGUAGGCGCUUGCUAGUGGGUCAUUGGGACGCAUUAGAUGUUUGCAAUGGAGUUUUAGGUGGAUUUGUCGCGAUAACUUCCGGGUGCUCUGUAGUGGAACCAUGGGCAGCAAUCCUUUGCGGGUUCAUCGCAGCCUGGGUCUUGAUCGGCCUCAAUAUGUUGGCGCUUAAGCUAAAAUACGAUGACCCGUUAGAAGCGGCUCAAUUGCAUGGAGGUUGUGGCGCAUGGGGACUAAUAUUUACAGGAUUAUUUACUAAAGAAGAAUUUAUACUUCAAACUUUCCAACCGGGUUUGGGUGCUACGGGUGUGCUCCGCCCAUUCGGGGUGUUGAUGGGUGGUGGUUGGGGACUGCUUGGUGCUCAGCUGGUCGAGAUUACAGUAAUCGUAGCUUGGGUAAGUGUAACCAUGGGACCUCUAUUUUAUGCACUGCAUAAGCUAUCGCUCUUACGGAUAUCGGUCGAGGAGGAAACGGUCGGACUUGAUAGAUCUAGUCAUGGAGGCUACGCCUAUAUCGCACAUUCUGAGGAAAAUCAACCUCGAACUUACGCAGAAUAUGCUCGGCUACAAGAGAAACCAUGACCGUGCUAUACUGCGUCCACAGGAAGUAUGUGGACUAUGCAAUUGGUUUCAGUUUAAAAUAUUAAAAUGGUUGGCCUACAAAAUUUGAAUCAAUUUCCUUGUAGAUAUAUGUAAUUAUUUCGGUGUACGUUCGCCUUCGCCUAUCCGUGUUGUUAAUAGUCUAUUUGAAUACUAGAAGCAGAGAUUCUGCAUCUCUAGAAGUUGGAAACAGAAGUCUAAAGCAAAACGUUUUUGCUUCAUAAAAAGUUUUUAUUUUUUCUUUUAAAAGUUAUUCUAGAAUUGUAUAGCCAAAUUAAUUUCUGGUUUUUUGAAUUCCUGGAGUCAAAAAGUUACUUCUGAUAUGAUAUCCAAACAAGUCGUAAGUGUAAGUAACUAAAUCUCUACUGUUUUCAGCAAUUGGGUUUACUAUAAAAACAUCCGUCGUGUGUUACCAUAAUCUAAUGCACUCAUUCUAUC